UGUAUUUUUAUACCCCAUGCAUAGGAGGCACAAGACUUUGGGGGCCCAAGGAAAGAAUUUUUUCGCUUAUGCUUGGCAAAAAUAAAAGAAACUUAUUUUGAUAAUGGACUAAGAGAGCUAAUGAGAGACAAGUAUACCACAGUUGGAGUUAUACUUGGUCUUAGCAUAAUUCAAAAUGGGCCUUUGCCAAGGUUCCUAAGCCUCGAGAUCCUUGAAGAAGUUUUUGGGAAUGAAAACCUGGGUCCUUGCCUACAAGAACUGYAAGAUGGCCUAAAGAAGACUGGUAUCCACCAGGUUGGGAGUCAAUUACCACUUUUCUUAYRUAUUCUUAAACCAGGKCCCCCAAGCAUUUUAACUGUAAGGAAAUUGAUUAGCCUACUGGAACCCCUAUUCAGUGAGUCAGGGUCAAAUAGAAGGGCACAGGAAAAUGCUGUUUAUGGUCAGUUUGUCAAGUAUUUGAGAGAAGCUGCAAUGGAAGAAGAAAUGGUGUGACCCUGGCACAUAUCCUUAGGUUUACAACUGGAGCUGACGAGGAGCCAGUCUUGGGUUUCAUAAUUAAACCAAGCAUAUCAUUUUUUGAGRCUGUGACAUCGUUCCUUCCAACAGCAAAUACAUGCAUAUCAUGUCUAAAGCUCCCCCGA